UUCCGAAGAAAUUGGAUCAAAGAAUGAGGCAGAGAGAUCAAAAUGGAAUAUACAAAAAAAAUUAUGAGCACAUCCAGCAUAAAUGAUCCUACAAAGAAUAGAUACAUCGUCGAGCUACGUAAGAAAGAAGAACAAUCAUCGUCGUAGUGAUUCAAAAGUACGUAAACUGGAGAAAUGGCGAACACAGAGGCAGAAACUGUGACCAACAAGCAAAUCAUAUUCCCAGAUUACGUGAUCGGAUUCCCGAAGGAAUCAGAUCUAAAAGUCACCACAACCACCAUCAAGCUAAGGCUUCCGGCUGGAUCCACAUCAGUUCUGGUGAAGAAUCUUUACUUGUCUUGCGAUCCUUACAUGCGCAUUUGCAUGGGAAAGCCCGAUCCCUUGACUAAUUCCCUUGUUCCACCGUACAAUCCCGGCGAGCCAAUCAUUGGGAUUGGAGUGUCUAGAGUGAUAGAUUCAGGGCAUCCAGAUUACAAAAAGGGAGACUUACUCUGGGGACUAGUUGGAUGGGAGGAGUAUAGUGUUAUUACUCUAUCUCUUUACUCACACUUCAAGAUCCACCACACCGAUGUUCCAUUAUCUUACUACACUGGACUUCUCGGUAUGCCUGGUAUGACUGCUUAUGCUGGAUUUUACGAAAUUUGUACUCCUAUACCGGGAGAGACUGUCUUCGUGUCAGCUGCAUCCGGUGCAGUUGGUCAGCUUGUGGGACAGUUUGCAAAGAUGAUGGGUUGUUAUGUCAUUGGAAGCGCCGGCACUAAAGAAAAGGUUGAACUUCUCAAGACAAAGUUUGGGUUUGAUGUAUGUGGAAUGAUCUCUCAGUACAAUUUAGAGGACCAAGAAGGCGUACACAAUCUCCCAAACAUUCUUUACAAGAGGAUUCAGGUUCAAGGGUUUGGAGUCUCUGAUUUCUACGACAAAUAUCCUAAGUUCUUGGACUUUGUGCUUCCUUGCAUAAGACAAGGUAAGAUCACUUACCUUGAGGACAUUGUCGAAGGACUCGAGAGCGGGCCUUCUGCUCUUUUAGGUCUUUUCCACGGUAAGAACGUCGGUAAAAAACUCUUUAUUGUUGCUCGCGAG